AUGCAGUGUAUAGACAACCAAUACGCCAUGCUGCUGCAGCAGCAGCAGCAGCAGCGGCAGCAGCAGCAGCAGCAGGAACUGCUGCUACCCUAUUCAGCCUGGUGGCUGCUGCUGCUGCAGCGUCUACCGGCGGUCCUUGGGGAGUUUGCUGCUGUCUCCACAUGUGGGUUGCUGCAUGCAAUUGUUUCAGUCUCUCGCUGCAGCAGCGAGCAGCAGCAGCAGCUGCUGCAGCAGCAGCAGACGUUUCGCUCUCUACUGGCGUCGCCCUCACAGCGGGAAUACCAGCAGCAGCAGCUGCAGCAGCAGCAGCUGCUGCAGCAGCUUGUACAUUUUCAAGACACGCAGCAGCAGCUGGGACUUCGACGGGCCUGGCAGCAGCACUAUCUGCUGCUGCUGCAGCUGCUGCUGCAGGCAGCACCGCAAGCAAUUGGGGGUGCCACAGCAGCACAGCUUUCAAACCUUGUGCAUGAUGCGUCGCUGCUAGCAGCGGAGUGCGGGAGCCAGCUGCAGCAGCUGCAGCAACUGUAUCAUCACGCACAUCAGCAGCAGCAGCAGCAGCAGCGGGCUCUGCUGAUGGAGUUGCGGCAGCAGGUGUACGCGCUGCUGCAGGUAGCUCUUCGAGGCUCUGUAGUGCAUGCAGAUGCAUUUUCAAUUAGAGACAUCACGCUGCUGCUGUCUUCCUUGGCGAGGCUAUGCGAAGCACACGAAUCAGGCCCAGCAGCAGCAGCAGCAGCAACAGCAACAGCUGCUGCUGCUGCUGCUGCACCCCCCAGCCUUGAGGGAGGGACUGUUGGGGACGGCUGCGAACCUGUGUCCUCUAGAGGGACAGGGGAUCGAAAGGGAGGAGCAGCAGCAGCAGCAGCAGCUGCUGCUGCUGCUGCUGAUCCUGCGGCGCGUUCUGCUGCAGCUGCAUUUCGUGCUGCAGCAGCCGAGUCUUUGCCUGUGCUAUACGUACACCUCAACCGCGUGCUGCAGCACUGCAGCAGCCAAGACGCUGUCUCCUUAUUAGGUGCAAUGCCUCGCUUGUGGCUAUUAGAGUGUCUCUUUUCGCAGCCUGGGGAGCGUAAGCAGCAGCAGCAGCAGCAACUCGCUGCUGCUGCAGGUUUGCUGCGCGUCUCCACCAAGUGGGUGGCGUCCUGGGAUCUCAAGCAGCUUGCUUCUGCUGCAGCAGAUACCCACCGGCUUUGCUGCUGCGCCCCACAGCCGCUGCAUGCAGCCUCGCAGCUGCUGCUGCUUCAAAUUGCGCAGCAGUUGGCCUUGCGCCUUGCCCGGUGCCUGCAGCAGCAGCACCAGCAACAGCAGGAACAGCAGCAGCAGCAGCAGUUGCUGCUGCAGCAGCAGGAACGACGCCCGCUGCAGCAGCAGCAGGAGACAGAUGUUGCUGCAGCAGAGCGUCUAUUAGCAGAAGCUGCAGAGACAGGAGACACCCGGGCAUGGAGACCUUCACACUUUGGGUGGACUGCUCAGCAACUCGUGUCUCUUUGGGUGUCUCUGGUGUCUCUCCUCCCUCUAGCGGGGGGCCCCGAAGGCAGCAAGUGCAGGGGGCUUCUGUCGGUGCUUGAGGGUCUCUUUGUCUCCUUGCUGGGCCCCUCUUCUGCUGAGGAAGAGCAGCGGCUGCUGCUGCUGCAGCAGCAGCAGCAAGUGCAGCAGCUGCUGCAGCAACUCAGAAGCCUGCCGCCUCCACAAGACCCCAGCCUUAGUGCUACCUGCAUCGUUAAAGGUCUUGCUGCUCUUGCUGGGGGAGGACUCCUGCCUCAGGGCCUUGCUGCUGCUGCUGCUGCUGCUGUUGCUGCACCUUCUGCUGCUGCUGCUGCUUCUGCUGCUGCUGCUCCUGCGUUGCCCCUGCUGCCGCUGCUGCUGGUGCGGUGCGAGCAGCAGUUGUCUCUCCUCAGCAGCAAAGACACCUUCACUCUCUGUCGAGCGCUGCUGCGCCUGUCUCCUUGCUUGUCUCCUCCUUCUUCUCGCAGCAACGGCAGUUGCAGCAGCAGCAGCAGCAACAACAGCAGCAGCAGCAGCAAGCGAGCUUUGGAGGAAGGCGCGCAGGCUGCCUUGCUCUCUUCUUUGUCUUCGCUUUUGCUGCAGCAGCAAACAGAGGAGCAGCAGCAGCAGCAAGAGCAGCAGUUGCUCCUGCUGCAGCAGUUGCUAGAGGCUUUCUACACCCGCUGUCAUUCGUACAGCGUGCCAGAGAUAACGCGCUGUCUCCGGUGUCUCCUAGAUCACCCACAUGCUGCUGCUGCUGCUGCUGCUGCUGCUGCUGCAGCAGCAGCAGCAGGAUCUGCAGCAGCAGCUUGUGGGGAGGAAGCCUCUGCUGCUGCUCAUGCUGCUGCUGCUGCUUCAGGAGACAGGGCGUCUGGUGCAGCAGCAAACGGAGCAGCACUUUUUCUCAGUCAGGUGUCUUAUCACCUGCGCUGGAAGCUGCAGUGCUGCUGCCCUUUUGCUGCUUUGGAGGCCCUUGAGGUGUACGUGCGGCUUGCCCCCCGAAUGCGACAGCUGCAGCACGUGCCUCCGCUGCUGCUGCUGCAGCUGCAACUAUCGAUGCAGCGGGACACAGACGCAGAGUUGCCGCAGCAGCAGCAGCAACAACAACACGGUCAGCAGCAGCAACAACAACAACAAGAUCAGCACAAGCAGCAGCAGGAGCAGCAGCAGCAAGAUCAGCAGCAGCAGCAGCAGCAAGAUCAGCGGCAACAGCGCGUUGGAGGAGUGUUCACGCAACAAAGUGUGCGGCUGCUGCAGCACGCAGCACCCCUGCUGCUGCAGCAGCUGCAUGUGCUUGCUCCCCCAGAUGGCGGCAUUGCUGCUGCAGCAGCACUUGGCCGUCUGCUGCAGCUGUGGGCAGCAGCACAAUACAGAGAAGAGGCGCUGCUGCUCCGUGUGCUGCAGCAGCUGUCUCUUGUCCUGCAGGGAGGGGACCCCUCAAGCGACAAAGUAGACACAAGAAGCACCCCAGCUGCAGCAGCUACAGCAGAUGCAGCAGCAGCAGCAGCAAGUUGCGCAUCAGGAACCGCUGUGCUGCAGCACCUACCGCUAGAAACAGCCGCUGCUGCUGCUUCUGCUGCUGCUCGUCUGGGGUGUACGUGCAGCUCUGCGAUUCCCGAGGUGACAGCAGCAGCGUGUAAGGUGUUGCAGCUGUUGUUUGCUUCACUGGAAUACCAGCAGCAAAAGCCACUGAAACAGCAGCAACAGCAGCAGCACAAGCAGCAGCAGCAACUGCAGCAGCUCUUGCAGAUGGCUGCUGCCCUUUGCCUCUGGUGCUGCGAUCCAGCAGCACGCGUGCAGCAGCAAAAAGCUGCUGACUCCCUCCUCCCCCUAUUUAAACCCCACUUAAGUUCUUUGUCUCUUAUCCUUAACCCCGGAAACGGCAGCAGCAGCAGCAGCAGCAGCAACAGCAGCAGCAGCAGCAACAGCAGCAAGGUGCUGAGGAUAAUGGCCUUCUGCCUACGGAAGCUGCUCGGGUUGGAGGAGAAAGUGCUGCUGCCUGCUGCGCAGGAGGUGUGGGCUGUGCUGCAGCAGCAACAGCAGCAGCAACUGCAGCAGCAGAAGCAACAGGAGACACUAGAAGGCCACGAGCUGGUGUCUGCAUUAGCACAGAAGAGCAGCAGAAAAGCAGCAGUGCAUGCGCAGAUUGCUGCAACACUCCGUUUUCUGAAAGACCCCCAAGGGACUCAACUGCGGCUUCGAGGCCCUGUUUGUGUGGGGCCAUACUCGAUCACAGUUGCUGUUGGAGACGAUCCCGGGAUCGUCUCCGAUCCCGGGAUCGGAGACGAUCCCGGCAUUGCCGUGGAGGUGUGUUGGCCUUCCGACUUCUUCCGCGAUGCAUCGGGAUCCUUAACUGGAUCGCUCGUUCCCUGGAAGGCCUUAAGGCAGCUUCUACUGCAGACGCUGGGGUGGAAGCUGCUGCUGGUGACAGCAGCAGAGUGGGAGUCUCUUGGAGACAGCCGCAGCAGCAGAGAGCGUUUACUGUCUGAUCGUCUCUCCGCACUCUACGGCACUGGCCAUAGGGCCCCAAAGGGCCCUUGGGAACAUGCAUAA